UGAUGAGCCCUGUGGGUGGAUGUGAAAUUUUGUUAACAUAUGAUCAACUGUCAAAAUGGUGAAGGGCUGCUGCCCGAAGGGGGAUAAGUCACGCGCGCCAUUUAGCGCCUGCCGCGCGCACAAAUAAUUUUAUAUGCAUACAUUUGCGAGCUUUUGAGAGGGCGACCCGUCAAGGGAAGGCAACUCUCUCAAGGUGAACAUUCGUGAAGAAACAGCUUCGGGUUAGCAAAUGGGAUAUACUUCUUCCCUCCUAUCGCUUUGGCGUCAUUCUCCAGUUUGAGGCAUUUCCGCCCAUCUUUACAUAUGACCCGUCCCCUCUUUUUUUUUUUUUUGUAAGCACCACACCAAUUAAAGAACCAUGAAAGGUGUCAAGAAGGCGGGGCGAAAAGAGUCACCCAGUCGGGAAAAGACCUACGAUGGUCCAAGGUAUAUCAAGCUAUACGACUCAGGUUCUGAGUAUACCGUGGAUGAAAAUGACGAGGGCCCCACAUUUGCUCACCUUAAAAAUAUAAAGAUUUGCAACGAAGAGAAAAAGAAAACGCUCAGUAAGAUAUGCUGCACCAAGAAUUACCUUUUCGUUGGCACCUGUAGCGUGUUCAGCCAAGUGCGCGUCUUUAAUUACACCAAUUUGGUAAACUCAAAGAAGGAGAGCGAAGAUUUGAGUAGUACCUCCGUAGAAGGCUACAACAAACGAACAAGUGAAGGACAGGGUAAAAAAGAUAAAAAGGAGGAAGCGCGUGGGCAGAAUAAACACUGUGAAGCCUUCAUCAGCCUAUGUGACAUUUACAGGAAGAGCAAAUUUUAUACGGCCAAAGGGGACUCCAGAAAUGAUAACAUGCUAAGCAUAGACCUUUUCCACAAUUCGGUUAAUAGAAAAAGCGUGAAGAGAAGCAACAGUGUGCAGAAAAAGGUGCCUCAGGGGCAUUCCCCGAACGAGGCAAACGUGAAGGAAGUUGCACCAAAGGGGGAAAGAAGCGCCAGCGGCAAUGUUGUAAAGGAGGAGAGGGAGAAAAAAAAGGAAAAUAAUCCAACCCUCAUCAAUUUGAAGGACAAACUGAUGAACUUCAACCAAAAGGGCCUCCUAGAAUUAAGCGACAACGAAGCAACAUUUCGGGAGGAAUAUUUAUACUAUGACAACUUUGCGGGGAUUCCCCCACCUAAAAAAGACACACACCCUAUAAGAAUUACCAACGAAAUGAGGGAAGAGGAGAGAAACAAAAGAGAAAAAGAAGAAGAAAUGGAAAAGAAAAAAAAAAUCGAAGAAGAAAAUUUGAGAAAUGAACAGUUAGCAAAAAAUGGUUGCUACUUGAAUAAAGACAUGCUAGAAAUAAACGUAGAUGUAAUUAAGAGGAAAACAAUACAGGUGAAUAAUUUGCUAGAGUACAUUGGAGCUUUCGUUAAUGUAUCUUCCCCAAUCAUACUGAUGAAAACAAAUCGGGAGGAAAAUAUUUUAUCCGUUUUAACCUUCGGAGGGGAUGUGUACAGCUACGAUAUCAGUGAGCAUUCGCUAAAACAGCUGAGGGAAAAAAGAAUUAAAAAAAUCGAAUUCUUUAGUAAUAUAGAGAAUUAUUUUAUUGAGCAAGAAAAGAAUAAUACAUCGAAUGAAUUUUUGGAGGAAGAUUUUUCAGAGGAGGUAACUGCAUCCGCAUUGUCUCUUUCCAAAUCUCAUUUCACCAAUUCGGUAAAAUAUUUUGAUUUCCUCCCAGAUGAUAAAACGCUAAUUUGUGUGGGACUAAAUAAGGACUACUUCCUUUCAUUUAUUAACUGCCAGAAUGGGAAGAAAAUUAUAUAUCAUAAGAAAAUAAAAGUUAAAAAGCCCAGCCAUAGCGUUGCCCUGAACUCGAAUAAAAUGAGUAAAGACAAAAUGCUGCCUACGCUCAUGCACGAUUUUAGCUAUGUGUACGUGGAACGGGAGAAAAAAAUUUUUAAUGGCGAAAUUGGGAAUUACGUUUACAUUGGGUCCACUUGUGGUUACUUGGUUUUCAUUUUUCUUGGCGACAAGUUUCUGCGGUUUGUUAAUAAUUUGCUGACGAGUGACCAGGUGAGGAGCGGCUCCCUGUUCACCUACCACGAGGGGACCGAUGAAAGCGAGUGGGCCGAUGAAAGCAAGUGGGCCGAUGAAAGCGAGUGGGCCAAGACCGUCGCCCAGUGCGUCUUAGGCAACGUGGACGAUGUGUAUACGGUACGGAAGGACGAGUUGUAUGCGUUCUUUGGGGAUGAGCACAAUGUUGGCAGCGGAACGAAGAUGAAUGGGAAUGACCAUCAGGGCGGAAACGUCGGUGGCAAUCAAAGCGGCAACGUCGGUGGCAGCCUCAGCAACACCGCGAAUCGAUCCAGUGACCAGGGCGCGCCCCCCGACAACCCCAAGGAAAACAUUUUCAAAGAAGCAGAUCACAACUCCUUUUCCUACGCUUUCUACAUCGCCAAGAAUGUGAAAAUAAACUCUAUUAUAAGCCUCAGUACACACAAAAACGAUCACAUCCAUUUGAUUGUAGGGCUUAACGACGGAAGGUUGUUGGACUUCCUCUUUCGUAUAUCCCCGCACUUUACUCCCACCUCUUCCAUCACGAGCUGUGGGUACUACCCCGCGUUGAGUCAAAAUUGUUCGGAAAAAAACUCCAGUCAUAAUAAGCCCCCAAAAAAUGGGGACACGGAAGGUGCUGCGGAUAAUCCUCCCUCCCCUAUCGAAAAUAUUCACUUCAUACAGGAAAGCGAAAAAGAAUUGUAUGACUUUACAGGGUUACACAAAUCGAGCAGAAUAAGCAAAAUAAAUUUGUAUCAAAGUGGCUCGCAACAUUCUCUUGUUUUUAUAAAUUCAAAUGUGAAAAGAAUUCGCGAAAUGUCCGAUAAAAAAUUUUACACAACAUAUGUGUUAAAUGUGUGUAGUAAACAAAUUAGCAUUCUGCAUGAGCACCUCGCGUACAUUAUUGAUUCCUGUGUGUGCUCUCACUUUUAUUUUUGCCUAGAUGACAAUAACACAGUCGCCGUUUUUGCCUCUUCCCGCGAGAGGUAA